UAAGUUUAGACACAAAAAAUAUAUCUGGGAUUUUGUUUAGUAAAUUAAAAUUGUAAAAUCAAUUACUUAACACAUCGCCUAAUUACUUGAAGAUACAUUACAUAAGUAGAAAAGGCUAUAUUUGAGUUAAUGAUGCAGAAAUGCUCCUUGUGUAAUAAACCAUGUCAUCAUACGAUCUUUUAACCACACAGAUCGUGAGAAAUGCAAGAGUUAAAUAGCUUGGUCUUUCAACAAACUACACUUGAAAACUUAAAAUGCGACUAUCUUAAAGGCUUUUUCUUGAGAUAUUCCACUUUUGUAAUAAUUGAGCGAUAAGCAACUUUAUGGGAACCUUUUAAAAUCUUAACAUGUAACUCCAUCCUACAACUGAAAUGAAAAGGCACAACAACCCAAACAGCAAGCUUCCCACGCGAAUCUGUCAAGAGCGCUUAUUCGGCUCCGUAAUUGAUGGGGUCCUUUUGGAAAGCCGGAAGCAAUCUCCUGGCUGGUGGCCAGCACUUCCUCAUUUCUACGACAGUGGGUUAGUGGUAUCCACAUCAAGACUGCAGCACAUUCACCGGUGCAAGCCAACCACCCAGCCAAGAGCCCAUUAUUCCGAGAGGCAGGCCAACCACAGACCAGAGUGAAACCAGUUUUGGGGCGCUAAAGAGCGGGUCAGCCCCCGCUUAAGCUCUCUUAGCUGUUUAGUCCGCCGAAUGCUGGCUUCGCAGCCGAAAUUCGGUAUUACGAUUUGCACAUUCGCCAAUUGGGCUUGGGAGUCUGAAGCGGUCGCUUGGUGUCUAAACAACGUAGUCGCGCUUGCCCAACUUAACCCAGUAUCACAUCACCUGUACUCCACCAGAGAUGAGUGAUUGUAAGUGAGUGAGUGAGUGACACACACUGCAGUGACUCCAAAGGAAAGGUCAGUGGCUCAGUGACCCCUAAGUGAUCCCCGGACGCAAUGAGAUUGAUCUGGCUGCAGCUCCUGGCUGCUGGGGGAGCCCUCUACCUGUCCAUCGGUUGUGCAAUGGCAUCGGCUGCCAAGGCGUCCACAAACCGCGGAGUUGCACAAUCACUCCCGCUCCCAGCUCCACAGCCCGACCACGAAGCAUCGGCGGUUUCAGGAGCGGAUCAGGCCAGGCGGGAGAAGCAGGGGACAUCCAACCAGCGGAGGGUCGUCCGGCGGCGCAGGCCGUCCUCCACCACAACAACCUCUUCCACCAGUACCACCACCACCUCAACAACAACAACCUCAACCACAACGACGACCACAACUCCGCGACCCACCUUGGCCAACGGCUUCAACUUCUUUAAUCCGAACUUCUGGAGCUUUGGCCAGCAGAGUCUGGUGGCAGUGCGUCCGCCACCCAAGCAGCCCCAUCCACCUAAGAAGUUCACUCCCAAGGAGGAGAAGACCAGCCAACGAAAGCCAUCCAAGACCACCAGGAAACCUGGAAAUCCGAGAACUACUACAACGAGAAGCCGAAGUAGUACCUCCACAACAACAACUACCAUAAAACCCACUACGGAUGGACCUUGUAUUGCCCUGCCUACCCUGAACUUUGCCAGCGAUACUAAGAAUAGGGAAAAUGACAAGGAGAAGGGCAAGCGGGCGGCGGCAGAGCUCCGAUUGAAAUUCGAUUGCCCGCGGGAGAAUGAGGUGAGGUUCCAACUCUUCCCCAAGAUUUGCAAGGCCGAUCGGGACUGCGCCGUGUGGCAGCGGGAUGAGCUGUGCUGCGACAUCUUCGGAGCCAGCAGCUGUGUCUCCGGGGUUCCAAAGCCCCUGGAGGAGACGCCACAUGCACCCAUCCUGGGUUUGAUACCUCGCAAGUGUCCCAGUAGACCGCUGGCGGAACUCUGGUGGGAUGUCCAGGAGUGCACGACGGAUAUGGACUGCUGGCCACGGGUCUGCUGUCCGGAUGGCCGGAGAAGGUACUGCCGCACCUCGCAGCCGGAGCUUGAAACAGCUCCAGUGCCAGUAAGGCGCUCCUUUGACUACCUUACGGAGUACCUGGAGUGCACCGCACCACCUCCGCCCAUUUUCGACCUUCAUCCCAAGGCGUGCACCUCCACUUUGGACUGUUUUCCCAAUGUGUGCUGCCAGGAGGCGGGACUUCGGCACUCGCCGCCCAAGAAGUCCGUGCUCACACUGAUGGCAAAUUUCCUGAACGUGGACUUUGUGAAGCGACUGGCCCAGAAUAUCGUUAUCAAGUAGGCCGCGAAUUUCCCACUAUUUUCUACCUUGUGUGUGCUGAGUGCUUCGAGCGCCUUCUAUAAAACCUUUCGAAACUACCGUGAUAUCUCGCCCAUAUUUGUUUGGCCACGCUGAUAACCAAAAAGAAGACAAGCCCACACAUCUCUGUACAUAUUACAUGCGUUUCAUAUACCUUUACUGCGCACUUUGUGUACCCCAAUCGAUUCCCCGUAAUCCUCCAUUAAUGUUCACCUAGCCUAGUAUUAGACGUAAGCGCAUUCAUAGGCUAACAAAGUAAAUGCGAACUAUAAACUCUGAA